AGCACAUCGCUUAAUCAUUGGUCAGAGCUUAAACUGAGUAGCAGGUUUUAGUCUGUAUUGAAGUUUCGCUUCCGACAAACGAUGAAAUCAUGCAUAUUUUUGAGCUUGUGCUGUGUUUUAGUGAUCUCAAGGUGGGCAUCAUCGCAAGAGAUUGAAGACUGUCUAACUGGCAAGGCUCACAAAGGUAAAUGCGUUUCAAUUGCGAAUUGUCCAUCGCUGCUUCGGAUUGCUCAAAGUCCAGUGAUUUCGGAAAGUGACAAAUUAAAGCUUAGAGAACAUGUUUGUGGCAAUCGAAAGGUUUGUUGCCGAUCGCCAUUGCAAGUUACUACAACUUCCACAACAACUGAAUCUUAUUCUUAUGAUGAUGUUGAAGAAAGUCAACCAACAAAUCAACCGCUGUUACCCAAGGAAAACGAUUGUGGCUUGGAUACCGCGAGCCAACGAAUCAUUGGCGGAGAUAUUACCGAUAAGGAACAAUUUCGAUGGACGGUAGCUUUGGAUUACAAGCAUCCAAGAACAGGGGGUGUCAAAUGCGGAGGAUCCCUGAUCAACACAAGAUAUGUUUUAACUGCUGCUCACUGUGUUUUCAGAGUACAGAAACAAGAUCUCACUCUACGUUUAGGCGAAUGGGAUAUCGAACAAAACCCCGAUUGCGAGGAAGAAGAUGAAGAAGAUUGCAAUCCGGAAGUGCGAAUCGUACGAGUGAGUCAAAUAAUAAUUCACCCAGAUUACAAGGACAAGACAAACGACAUUGCACUAUUGAGAAUGGAACAAGCUCUUCCGAAUGAGUACACGUCGCAUAUUUUGCCCAUUUGUAUGCCGCUGUCGGCUGAACUCAUGCAAGAUGUUUUCACGAACAGAAAUGUAAGCGUAGUUGGUUGGGGGAAAAACGAAAAAGAAAUAAGAAGCCGUUUCAAAAUGUACGCUGAACUGAUAACUAUCAACAAUCAACGAUGUGAGCAAGCAUUAGAGAAGCCACUUCAUGACACGCAAAUGUGUGCCCAAUCUUUCACAGAAACUAUUCGUGAUACCUGCGGAGGCGAUUCCGGAGGUCCUUUACAGAUACAGAUCAAGGGGACAUACUAUCUCGUUGGAAUUGUCAGUCAUGGUCCACCUUGCGGGAAAACUUUACUGCCAGCGGUUUACACCAGAGUGACGUCGUUUUUGGACUGGAUUUUAGAGAAUAUAACUGACUGAUAUGUUUUCAAUAGUAAGCAGUAUAACAUUGACUUGAUCUUUCAA